AUGAAUUGGUUCGACACGACAGGGCUCACGAGCCUUGCUAAGACAGCGCUCAAAGAAGCACAGAAAACUAUCGAUAAAGCGCUCGAUAUUCAGGACGAGAGUGGCGAAGAGGCCGACGAACAGUCCCAACCUCAGACUACAACAAAGUCCUCUCCAGGGCACACUAACACUCCACAAAAAGACAAUGUAGAUUUCUUUGCAUCUUGGGGCCUUACAAUGAGUGCCGAGAGUACGCAAGAAGCUCCAAUUAAAGAACAGCCAGUCGUCACCGAAAGCCCGUCUAAAUCCACAUCACAGAGCUUGUGGGGGUCAUUCGCGGGUUCCUUCUUCGAACAGCCUAAACAAGACGAUGGAACUAUUGUGCGACCGCCCAAAGCUAAAUCUAUGAAUGUCAUUUCUGAUACGAAAUAUGAUAGUCAAGAUGAUCUGUUCUCUAAAAGUCAGCUUAUCAUGUCAGACACUGAGGCUGUAGAUCACAGAAUCACAAAAUCUUUAAAAGAUGACAUUUCUUUAGCAAAUGAGAGGCGUGAUUCGUCUAAAUCAAACAUAUUAUCACUGGUGUCCAGUAGAAACAGUUCCGAUUCAGUGGAAGUAUUGUCACAAAGUCUGAAAACAACACCUGAUUCUGAGGCAUCCGUUCAUUCCAUAUCACAUAGCAGUAGUACUGGCCUUAAACACAAUUCAGAAUCAGUUGAGAUAUUGCCGGACAGCCUAGUGAGCCCUAGUUCUAUUGAGUGUCUCGGAUUUGACAGUUAUUAUAGUGGUAAAAAUAGUAGUUCAUCCUCUAUGUGUGUAUCUCCAGAAGAUAUAAGUGACAAAAAGUUAAUACCCCUUGGUGACCAGGCGGAGAGAGCUGAGACAGCUGAUAGUGUAAGUUUGGUAGCUGAUGAUGAUGAAGAUACUAUGUCAUAUAAUUCUAUAUCGGAAUGUACAGCCCCCACGGUUUUAGACACAGAUGACAAGCCUGCUAGCCCCUAUCCGAAGCUGCUCAAAGUAGAUAUUAGUAGAAAAGCUAUAGAAAAAGAAUUUAUACAUUUGGAACAGGCUAUAGUGCCACAAAGGAUGCAGAUUAGUGAGAAUUCUUCUAACGAUGGCUCCUGGUCAGACAGGACAUUAAAUGCAGACAGUGAUAGUAUUACUUUAGAGAGCAACAUGGAGGAGCAGAAGAGAGAACAAGAAGACAUUUUCAUAGACAAGCUGAGUGAUUCAUCAUCCUUUUAUAAUGUGAAUGUUGGGAAUGAAAUGUUAAGAUCGGAAAGCUCAUCAUUUAUCAAUGUGGAAAAGCAACAGUGCAAUGAUUCAAGCAGUGGAUCCUCACACAAGGAGGGCAGUGUCAAAGAAAGAACAUCACCAAUAAGUUCAGAUAGCAAAAGUGAUUUAGUGAAAAUAGGUUCAGAUCGAACCUCAGGGCACACCUCUGGGGACGAACUGGAGACAGCUACAUCGUCAGAUAUAGAAAUCAUUCCAAGUCCUAAUGGGGACGGGCAUGGAUUUAGAAACAGUCCUGCUAAGUAUACAUUUAAACAGUCCAAGUUUGAUGGUUCUACUUCUCCUAAUUUGGUAGAUUUGGUGUUGGGAAAAUCUUUGGCAACUAAAAUUCGUGGACACAACAGGGAACUGUCAGAAGCUUCAAUACAGAGUAACACAAGUGAUGAGAGUCAGGGUUCGGAAAAUGAGAGGUUAAUGCGAAGGCUGUGUGAGAUGACAGAAAUCUUGGAGGCAAGAGAGAACAGACUGAUGGAGGUUAGUAGAAGUAAUGCAGAGUUAGCUGAGAGUAACUCGGAACUUAAAAGCCAGGUGGAAUCACUGAUGGCAAAGCAUGAAAGUAGUGAUAUUAGCACAAUAACAGAAGAUUACACCCAAAGGAUGUCGGCACUUGAAAAAAAAUUUCAGCAGGCUAUAAGAGAAAAGGAUCAACUACGGAAACAACUAGAUACAUUGAAAUCUGAGUCCUCCUCGCGCAAGAACUCGUCGGAUCUUGAGAUCAGCCUGAAAGAAAAAGACGAAGUGAUCGCCCAGUUGCAGGAAGAGGGGGAGAAGCUGGCACGCCAGCAGUUGCAACACUCGAAUAUCAUAAAGAAGCUGAGAGCCAAAGAGAAAGAUAACGAACAGGUUAUCAAGAGCUUGAGGGAUAAAAUAGCGGAACAAACGACGGAACUGGACCGGCUUAAGAGGUCGAUUGCUGCGAAGGAAGAACUGGAAGUGAAUCAGAUCGAAGCCGUGUAUCGGCUGACAACUACCAAUAAGAAAAUGGAGACUGAAUUAAUGGAAGUUAAAAGCUUACUGGACGAUACGACGCAUAAGCUGGACAGCACACGCACUUCCCUGGAGAGCGCGCGGCGGGAGUUGAACGACGUGCAGCGGGACAGGGCGGAGCUGGCGCGACGCGCCUCGCACCAGGCCGACGAGCACGAGCGGCGCCGGCGCGCCGACCUCGAGCUCGAGAGACUCCGCGCCGAGCUGCAGCAGCUCCGGCGGGACACGGUCAACGAGGAGAAGAAGUGGGUGCAGCGCUCGGAGGCGCUGCGCAGUGAGCUGCGCGAGGCGCGCGACGCGCUGGCGGCGCUCGAGGGCGCGCCCCCCGCCGACAGCGGCGCGGCCGCCGUACUGGCGCAGCUCGCGCACCUACAGCACCACGCGCUCACCCGCGACCAUGCGCACGCGCACCACACCGCCCAGCUGCGGGCGCAACUCGCUGAAGUAGAACGCUCCCUGGCCACGGCACAAGAGAGGGAGCGCGUGUGUCGGGAGGAGAGCUCCGCGCUGCAGUCGCGGCUGGGCGACGUCGACGAUCUGCUGGAGGCCGCGCGGAGGGACCUGAAGAGUCUAUCGGAGAGGGAACAUCGACACUUGAUCACCAUUGAAAGACUAGAAAACGAACUAGCGAGUAAAAAUGUGGAGCUAAGUGGUUUACACAUAGAGCACACGAGUCAAGUGACGGAACUACAAGAGAGGCUGUCUGAGGUGGAGCAACAACUCGAACUCGAACGAAACUUACUCGACACGGAGAAAAAAAGAAAUGCUAUAUUACAGGAGCAGGUGGCGUACCGCGGCGACGUGUCCCCGCCGCACUCCGUCACGUCCGAGGCGCUCUCCGCCUCGCUGUGGCACUCGGAGGAGGGCCGAGGCAGCCCGCCCGCGCUGUGCGCCGAGGACGCGCUCACGCGGCGCGCCGGCGAACUGCGCGCCCUGCAGCAGCAGCGCGACUCGCUCCUGGCCGACCGCGCCGCGCUCACCUCGCACCUCGCCAAGCUGCAGGCCGCGCUGGACGACCAGCAGGUACGUGCCACUGUAUACAGCUGCAGCACAGCGCGACUCGCUCCUGGCCGACCGCGCCGCGCUCACCUCGCACCUCGCCAAGCUGCAGGCCGCGCUGGACGACCAGCAGGUACGUGCCACUGUAUACAGCUGCAGCACAGCGCGACUCGCUCCUGGCCGACCCGCGCCGCGCUCACCUCGCACCUCGCCAAGCUGCAGGGCCGCGCUGGACGACCAGCAGGUACGUGCCACUGUAUACAGCUGCAGCACAGCGCGACUCGCUCCUGGCCGACCGCGCCGCGCUCACCUCGCACCUCGCCAAGCUGCAGGCCGCGCUGGACGACCAGCAGGUACGUGCCACUGUAUACAGCUGCAGCACAGCGCGACUCGCUCCUGGCCGACCGCGCCGCGCUCACCUCGCACCUCGCCAAGCUGCAGGCCGCGCUGGACGACCAGCAGGUACGUGCCACUGUAUACAGCUGCAGCACAGCGCGACUCGCUCCUGGCCGACCGCGCCGCGCUCACCUCGCACCUCGCCAAGCUGCAGGCCGCGCUGGACGACCAGCAGGUACGUGCCACUGUAUACAGCUGCAGCACAGCGCGACUCGCUCCUGGCCGACCGCGCCGCGCUCACCUCGCACCUCGCCAAGCUGCAGGCCGCGCUGGACGACCAGCAGGUACGUGCCACUGUAUACAGCUGCAGCACAGCGCGACUCGCUCCUGGCCGACCGCGCCGCGCUCACCUCGCACCUCGCCAAGCUGCAGGCCGCGCUGGACGACCAGCAGGUACGUGCCACUGUAUACAGCUGCAGCACAGCGCGACUCGCUCCUGGCCGACCGCGCCGCGCUCACCUCGCACCUCGCCAAGCUGCAGGCCGCGCUGGACGACCAGCAGGUACGUGCCACUGUAUACAGCUGCAGCACAGCGCGACUCGCUCCUGGCCGACCGCGCCGCGCUCACCUCGCAACCUCGCCAAGCUGCAGGCCGCGCUGGACGACCAGCAGGUACGUGCCACUGUAUACAGCUGCAGCACAGCGCGACUCGCUCCUGGCCGACCGCGCCGCGCUCACCUCGCACCUCGCCAAGCUGCAGGCCGCGCUGGACGACCAGCAGGUACGUGCCACUGUAUACAGCUGCAGCACAGCGCGACUCGCUCCUGGCCGACCGCGCCGCGCUCACCUCGCACCUCGCCAAGCUGCAGGCCGCGCUGGACGACCAGCAGGUACGUGCCACUGUAUACAGCUGCAGCACAGCGCGACUCGCUCCUGGCCGACCGCGCCGCGCUCACCUCGCACCUCGCCAAGCUGCAGGCCGCGCUGGACGACCAGCAGGUACGUGCCACUGUAUACAGCUGCAGCACAGCGCGACUCGCUCCUGGCCGACCGCGCCGCGCUCACCUCGCACCUCGCCAAGCUGCAGGCCGCGCUGGACGACCAGCAGGUACGUGCCACUGUAUACAGCUGCAGCACAGCGCGACUCGCUCCUGGCCGACCGCGCCGCGCUCACCUCGCACCUCGCCAAGCUGCAGGCCGCGCUGGACGACCAGCAGGUACGUGCCACUGUAUACAGCUGCAGCACAGCGCGACUCGCUCCUGGCCGACCGCGCCGCGCUCACCUCGCACCUCGCCAAGCUGCAGGCCGCGCUGGACGACCAGCAGGUACGUGCCACUGUAUACAGCUGCAGCACAGCGCGACUCGCUCCUGGCCGACCGCGCCGCGCUCACCUCGCACCUCGCCAAGCUGCAGGCCGCGCUGGACGACCAGCAGGUACGUGCCACUGUAUACAGCUGCAGCACAGCGCGACUCGCUCCUGGCCGACCGCGCCGCGCUCACCUCGCACCUCGCCAAGCUGCAGGCCGCGCUGGACGACCAGCAGGUACGUGCCACUGUAUACAGCUGCAGCACAGCGCGACUCGCUCCUGGCCGACCGCGCCGCGCUCACCUCGCACCUCGCCAAGCUGCAGGCCGCGCUGGACGACCAGCAGGUACGUGCCACUGUAUACAGCUGCAGCACAGCGCGACUCGCUCCUGGCCGACCGCGCCGCGCUCACCUCGCACCUCGCCAAGCUGCAGGCCGCGCUGGACGACCAGCAGGUACGUGCCACUGUAUACAGCUGCAGCACAGCGCGACUCGCUCCUGGCCGCCCGCGCCGCGCUCACCUCGCACCUCGCCAAGCUGCAGGCCGCGCUGGACGACCAGCAGGUACGUGCCACUGUAUACAGCUGCAGCACAGCGCGACUCGCUCCUGGCCGACCGCGCCGCGCUCACCUCGCACCAUCGCCAAGCUGCAGGCCGCGCUGGACGACCAGCAGGUACGUGCCACUGUAUACAGCUGCAGCACAGCGCGACUCGCUCCUGGCCGACCGCGCCGCGCUCACCUCGCACCUCGCCAAGCUGCAGGCCGCGCUGGACGACCAGCAGGUACGUGCCACUGUAUACAGCUGCAGCACAGCGCGACUCGCUCCUGGCCGACCGCGCCGCGCUUCACCUCGCACCUCGCCAAGCUGCAGGCCGCGCUGGACGACCAGCAGGUACGUGCCACUGUAUACAGCUGCAGCACAGCGCGACUCGCUCCUGGCCGACCGCGCCGCGCUCACCUCGGCACCUCGCCAAGCUGCAGGCCGCGCUGGACGACCAGCAGAGCGUGCAAGAGCAAUACGACGCGUUGCUCCAGAUGUACGGCGAGAAGGAGGAGCAGAUAGCGGAGUUGCGGCUGGACCUGCAGGACGUGACGUCACUGUACAAGGCUCAGCUCGACGAGCUCAUCGCGCUGAAGCAGGCCAAGCGAUAG